CUGUGAAAAUACAGGAAGUAAGGACGUUACCAGAAGUAAGGAGUUUUUCAAUUAGUUUUCUAAAAUUCCGUAAACCAACUGAUAUUUUUUGGAACGCUUCUAUUGCUGCGACUGUAAAAGACAUUUAACACGGAAAUGAACCAAAAAGAGUUGCAUUCCGUUCGGUCUAGACUAAUUAACGACUAGAUAGAUUUAUAUUUAUUGGCUAAAAAACGUUUAACAGUGCAGAAGUGUCAUUUGUUCUAGUUUCAACUCCGUCGUUCUAGCGUUAGUUAUCGUAUUUACAAAAAUCGUUAAUUUAAAUCAUUGGGUGUGUCUGGUGUUAGUAACUAUGGUGAUUGCACAUUCAUAAAACUCUUUUUACCAAUAAUAACUUGCUUGACACCCUUGUCAAGUAAUCAAAUCGAAAAAACUAUUUAACAUAUCGUUUCACAUAUCCUAUAAUUAUCAAGAAGAGGAAGUUUCAGCAAGAAUCUAAUUCUCACCAAAUUGCGUACAUCCGGGGUAACAUGAGUUGCGCGCGCACCGCCGCAUAAUCAAUGUGCUUCACCUCUCGCCUACGUGUUGGUCAGUUGCUAAGGAUAUCGCUUGAAGUCUGCUGUCUGUUUCUCUUUCUUUCUUUCUUUCUACGAUCCUGUCCGUUGUAGGUAAAUAUCCUUUGUCAAUCUCUUCAGUUUAGGUAAGUUGAUUUGUACAUCUAUGGUAGUAUUUGGACCUUUAUUCCAAGCAAUCCGCCAAAAUAGAAAUAAAGUUAUGAAGCCAUAGUUUAUAUAGUUUAAAUUGUGUAGUAUAACGUGUUACACUUGAACGGUUUCAGCGACGGGUCGCUGGCUAUAAUUCACAGUAAAAUACCUGCUGCAUACUAUUGUGCUUGUUGUAUGCCAUCGUAAGUGCACUCAUUGCAGCAAAGGGCACCGUGGUCGUGUUCAUGUUUUGUACACUGGCUGUAUUAUAACUCUCUCGAACUCAUAAUCCUGCAAUUUAUGUCUAGAUAAUUUAACUUAAUAUAUCUGCUCCGGUUAUUUCCGUGUAUUAGGAAAGAAAAUCAACAAAGCAUCGAUCAGUUCCUGCGAGAGCAAGCAUGCCGCAACGAUAUCACCUCGCCAAGCUUUUGGCUUAAUGGCCUUGUUUGCCGGUCAAUCAUACCAUGUGGUACCAAGUUACACUGGAGCGUUCAUUACACGAUUGGAGUUCUUAACGGAAGGUGCAAAAUCAGGUGCAAAAAUGUGACAUCAGUUCAAAGAAAAUCACAAAGGAAUAUACCAUAUAGGCAUAUACAAAUGUGUUAGCGUGGGCUUCAAACAAUAUAAGUUCUGUCUUUGACCGUUUUGGUGAUUAGAAAACUCGUCCCAUUCAUCCGUGUAGAUUCGGAUUUAAGAAGAGUUUGCCUGGUUUCUCGUCUGUAUUGACAUGAAUUCAACAUCUGUCUGCUAUAAGUCGACGCAGGAAAAGCAAAGUUGGCCAUGUAAUCAUUACGAGAGACGUUGCAUGGUGAAAUUUGAUUGUUGUGAUAAAUACUGGCCGUGCAGUCGUUGCCACAACGAGGCGAGCACGUGUAAGCAGAAACCAAAAACACGUGAUACGACGAUGAUAAAGUGCAUGAAGUGCGAAAAAGAACAACAGUUUGGUGAAAAUGGUCAAUUUUGCAUUUCGUGUAACACUCGAUUCGCUGAUUUUUACUGUGGUAUUUGCAAACAUCUGACCGGAAAGGGUAAUCAUCCCUAUCAUUGCGAGAAAUGCGGAAUUUGCAGGAAUCACGGAGAUCGUUCAUUUCAUUGCGAUAUUUGUGGUGUUUGUCUUGAUGUUCAACUUAAAGAAAAUCACAAAUGUCGCCCAGAUUCCGGUCAUGAGCAUUGUGGUAUCUGCCUGGAGGAUACGUUCAAAGGUUCCCAGAUUCUUCCAUGUUUCCACAAAGUCCACAAAGAAUGCCUAAUUUCGAUGAUGAUUCAAAGCGGAAUAACUCGUUGCUCGAUAUGCCGGGAGAGUUUCGACUACAAAAGCCCAAAAGCUGGAAAGAAGCCAUCAAAAAGGCGGUGAAGAUUCACACAACAAAAAAAGAUAUUUUAUACUUUUUUUAUAUAUUUUAUUAUUUAUAUAUUAGAGGUGUAUAUAUUAUAAUAAUUGAUCAAUUUUAGUGCGCGUAAAUUACGAUUGACACAUAAUUAUAUAGUUAAUGGUAUUUCAAUGGCGACCUAAAGGAGAGGGUUUUUUAUCCUCAAGCCAAUUUAUAGGUCGGGACCGUAAUGAUGUUUGCAUUCUCCAGUCUCCCCCCCCCCGAGUAAAUACGUGUAUAGAUAAAAAUAUUUGUAAAUAAAUCUGGAAACCCAUAGAAACUAGACGUUCUUAUCAGAAGGAAAAAUUGCUGCCGAAGAUCUGAAUUAAAAAUUUUUACAAUAUAACCAGGGAGCAGCGUGGAAGCAUCUUCAAACUACUUAGCAUCAAAUGU